GAGAGACAUAAUAAUGAUUAAUGAGGGUGAAAUACAUAAACAUGAAAAAAGGCUCUAUACUCUGUUUCCUCUUAUCUGCGAAAGCCAUUAAGGAAAGAAACAAUAAUCGCAGCAAAGAAAACUCUCUCCUCUGCUUCUCUCUCUCUCUCUAUCUAGAAAAGAAAGAUUCCUCAAAAUCAGCCAUGAAAGUAAUGAAGAAAGGUAAAGUGCACCCAUCUCCUCCUCUUCCAUCUUCUUCUUCUUCGAAUGGAGAUGACUCUCUUUCUGUCUUUAAGCUUCUCCAGAGUGCGAUUCUAGUUCUAGUCUCGGUUCUCUCCGCCGAAGAUCUGGAAGUUCUUGCUUACUUAAUCACCAGGUCACUCAACACCACUAACGUCGUAUCUUGCAAGAAGAAGAGAAGCCAUAAAGCUCCUCUGCUUGACUGUCAAUGUUUUGAUUGCUACACAAGUUACUGGUCUAAAUGGGAUUCUUCGUCUAACCGUGAGCUCAUCAACCAGAUCAUAGAAGCCUUUGAAGAUCAUCUCACCAGGGACGAGAUCUCUGCUUCCCACACUUCCAAGAAAAACAAGAAGAGAGCUAAGAAGAUAGAGAUAUCGGAAGAACAACCUCAAAAUAAGAGUAUAUGGUUAUUGGUUAGCUAGUUGAAAAACUGUGCUAUUUUGCAUCAGGUUUUGCAUAUUCUUUCUUCUUUUGGGUUGGUGGUAACAACCUCAAAAGAAGAGUGUAUGUUUGAAUAUGUCUUAGUUUCGGAAGGUGGGCCAAAAGAGAUGUGUCUUUGUUUGAUUAGGCACUUCGAAAAAGUCCAAAGAGAGUCUCGUUUAGAUAUUUUGGGGAAGGAAACACUUUUCCUAUCAUGUAUUCAUGUUACUCUAUUUCGGACUUGUAUUGCUUUUUUUCCGGUGAAGAUUUGGUC